CUUCCAACUCAGCAGUAAUCAAACAACCUCGCCGACGUUCUGAUCAAGCCGGGUUUAGGCCAACAAUUUUUUUCUUCGUCUUAAGAAACAACUGAAAUUAUGGCGGAAUCUGAGAGAACAGUAGUGGUAGCAAUGGACGGAAGUGAAAAUUCUGAUUAUGCCUUUGAUUGGUACAUGAAGAAUGCCUACCAUAAGGGGGAUCAUGUGAUCUUUGUUCACUGUCCUGAGUACCACACGGUUGUCCAAUCACCUAUGGUGAUGGCAGAUGUUACCGUGUUGACUGACAUGUGGAAGGAGGAAGAAAAAAGAAUCAAGGAACUGUUGGAGAAACUAGGUCAGCAGAUGAAGGACCAUGGGAUUGGUGGGAAAGUGAAGAGUAUUGGAGGCAGUCCAGGGGAGGUAAUCUGUCAGGUGGCAAAGGAUGAGAAUGCUGCGCUUAUUGUAACAGGGACCAGGGGGAUGGGUAAGAUCCGUCGCACGUUCCUGGGCAGCGUUAGCGACUACAUUCUACACCACGCCCAUGUCCCAGUUCUGGUCGUUAGACACAAGGAUGACCCCAAACAUUAGAGGUCAUCUGCCACUCACUGUGACUCUCUGACCCUCAGGAUCUUCUGGAAACCCAUGCCACAGGAAAAUGUUUUCAUGGAUUCAUUAAUUUUAUUUUGACCUUUUAACUUACAAACAACUGGUAUUCAAAUGCAAAUUAUUGUCAGUAUGCUGUUGUUAAUGAUUUGACAUUUCCUUACCCUUUUAUACCCUGAUUUAAACUGCUGAGAAUUGUAAAAUUAAUAAUCAGUUUUUGAUAUAUUUGAGGAGGUGAAAGAAAUUUCUGAAGAUGUGAAAGAAUUUUUUUUUGUCUUUUUAGAUACCUAACCAAUAAGCAUUAUCAUUUCUCUUUAUGCAUUCUCUUUUGUAUUGUAGAAACAGUUUGUAAUUUUCUUGACAAGCUGUUGAAUUUAGGUAAUACUGAUUGAUGUUUGUGCGUUUUCUGGCAUGAAGUUGUGGAUUUGUAGUUUGGCUUGAACCCGAAUGUAAGCAGAGAACUGGGGGGUGGAGAGGUCAAGGUCAUUGUAAAGAGUUGCCAUAAUCUUCAAGUAUUUUAGUGCUACCCAAGUUUGUACCCAUACUUAGUAUUUUUUAAAUUCUUUUUUAUUAGAUGUAUAUUUCUUGUCAAAUCGUAUAGAGCAAAAUUAAAAUAAAGGAGCAAAAAUUUAAUUAGAAGAAAAAUUAAAACAUUGUAUUUGGAAGUUUAUUAAAAAUAAUGUGUACUUGUAGAUGCGUCAGUUCGUUUUUUUCUUCGUUUUCAAUAUGUAUGUUAUUGGUGCAUGUAAUGCCUGGUAAAUGCCAGAAAAAGACCAAUAAAAUUUAAAUAUCUACUUUGUAACCAGUUAAUAAACUGAAGUAAUAUGUCAAA